ACCGACCUCCGACAAAAGUUCUGGUACCUAAUCAACCAAACAGAUCGAAAAACAAUUCUACAAUUUCCGCUAAUAAGAGAAAUAUGAGGUUGAUUCGGGCACAUUUGUUGAGUAAUCUGAUUAGAUUUUGCGCGAGAGGUACGCAAGUAAACGAUCGUAGCAUACGAUCGCUUCUCUCGUCCACGAUGGUUCGUCUGUACACCACCGAAAUGGAACCUCAGUUGUCUCCAGAUCUUAUUAGGAUAAUGGAUCAGAGGUUAUCGGCCAUAGAACACCGAAAUGCUCUUCUUCAGAAGCUUAUCAAUCAGCCUGAGUACUCACCAGAAGAGUUUUCAAGAGCUAAUAAGGAGCUUCGUAAGCUGAGAGAUUCAAUGGAGCUGAUCAUUGAUUUGAGGGCCAAACAAAAGGAGAUUGAUGGACUGAGAUCCCUGGUCUCGGAAUGCUCAGAUGAUAGGGAUAUGCUUGAUAUGGUUGUAAGUGAAUUAGAUGAAGCCAUGGAAGAAGAAAAAAGACUUCAAACUUUAUUGCUUAAGUCUUUGCUUCCUAAAGAUGAGGCUGAUGAGAGGGAUUGCAUUUUGGAGGUGAGAGCAGGUACUGGAGGAGAAGAGGCUUCUUUGUUUGCCAUGGACAUAUUCAGAAUGUAUGAAAGAUAUUCACAGAAGAAGGGUUGGAAGUUUGAAAUUGUAGACAUCACCGAGUCGGAUAUGAAAGGAUAUAAAGAAGCCAGUGCUGCAAUAUGUGGAGCUAGUGUUUACGGAAAACUUAAGUUCGAGAGUGGUAUUCACAGGGUUCAGCGUAUUCCUAUCACAGAAAAAUCUGGACGAAUUCACACCAGCGCUGUAUCUGUUGCCAUCCUUCCCCAGGCUGAUGAGGUAGAUGUUCAGCUAAGGAAUGAAGAUUUGAGGAUUGAUACUUACAGGUCUGGUGGCUGUGGUGGUCAACACGCCAACACAACAAACAGCGCAGUCCGAAUAAUACAUCUUCCAACCGGGAUGAUGGUCUCAAUCCAAGAUGAAAGAUCACAACAUAUGAAUAGAGCCAAAGCACUAAAAGUACUCUGUGCAAGACUCUAUGAAAUUGAAAGGUUGAGAAUACAGAGCAGUCGAUCAAAGCUACGGUCGGAACAGAUUGGCAGCGGAGAUCGAUCUGGACGAAUCCGCACGUACAAUUUUCCACAAGGGAGAGUGACGGAUCACCGUGUGGGAAUCACUCACCAUGCCAUUGAAGAUAUGAUGCAGGGAGAAAAUCUGGACAUGUUCAUUGAUGCCCUUCUCUUACGUCAAGAAAUGGACGCAAUUGCUUCUUUCAGCUCAACUUCAUGAAUGACACAGACAGAGGUAGACCAGACCCACAAAACCCAUAGCUUGUCACAACCGUUAGCAGUAGUAAUAGAAUCCAUUGAAAGCUGGGAAAUUUUAAAGGAGAGAAAGAAAUAGAGAGAAAGAGGGAGAGCCAGGGAAGAGGCAGUGCAUGGGUAGAGACAAAACACAGUGGUAUAGUGUUUUAGUAAACUCAAUCCAUGCUCUGCUUGUUCCCUGUCUAUCUCAUUACCACUUUGUCUUCGUCUUUGUUGUACCCUUAGAAAUUGGCCAGGUCAUUGAGUGACUUUGUUUGUGUUUGUGUUUAUUUCGUAGGGUUUAAAUAGAUUAUGGAAUCGUACGCCUUUUGUGAUGUACUACACAAGAAUUCACCAGAAAUAUCUGUACUCCCUUGUUUUGCAAAGUCUUGUACUGC